UGUCGGUCAAGGCCUGCCUGUACCACUUUUGUGGGGUUAGCUUUCAGUGACUUAUGUAUUGGAUUACCCAUCCAUAGCAGGAUAGUCACAGUCCUAUGUAUGGCGGCACGCUCCGUUUGGAGCUGGAACCCAUGACGGGCAUGUUGUUAAGUCGUACGAGUUGACCACUGUACCACGAGACCGGCUUCAUCGCCAACACUUUUCCAAAAAUAAUCUGCAGAACCAGUACGACAAGUAGGUCGGAAUGUCUUGAUCGUAGAUAAUUGCUUAGUGCACUAAGGGUCGGACAAAAUUAUACAUAACGCUUUUUAAAAUACAGACUUUCCUCCUAGAAAAAUCCCUAUACCAACGAGUAUCCUAUCCACCUGGCCGCGCUAUCCUUCGACUGCGCAAAUCUUUCCGAACUACUCAGCGCCCCGCGCAUUCAGGUGGACCAAAAGUACGAAGAUCGCACAACGCUGUACCUGUUGUUCGAACAGAUCGACAGCGACAAUUGGAAGCAUGUGUUUGAGUGUGUUAAAUUGCUGCUAAAAUACGACGCCAACAUAAACGCAAGCGAUAAGUACAGUGUGUCACCGAUAGCUCUGCUAGUAACAGCUGGAUACGACGACUGGAGAAAGGAAAUUCUUGAAUACUGUUUGCAGAACUACAGCGUGAACGUAGACUACCGGGGACAGCAGGCGAGAAAAGCGAUCGUGAAGAACUUCCCUGGCACGGACAUUCCCAUCUACGACAUGGAAAAGGUUACCGUGGAUGUGUUGCGGAACAAACUGAACGUCGAGACGGAGGACGAGUUUCUUUCGGCAUACGAGAAGUACUGCCAGCAAAACAAUGGUCACGUGCCGCCCGAAGAAGAUCGCGCCGAACUGCUACCAUUGACCGUAUAUCGGGCGAAGCUGACCGUUGCUCAGAAGCUCAUUGAAGGGCAGAUAGUAGAGGGCAAGUUUACCGGUAAUCCAAAACUACUUUCCGGUCUGCUGGCCAAGUGUUGUAAUCGGGGGAACGAGCAGAUGCUCGAGUGGUUGCUGCAAAUCAUACCGGACGAUGAGGUAGCGCUAGUCAACAAGGAUCCUCUGCUCUCACUGCUCGUCAAGAAGAUCGACGUGUACAAGGACAAGAAGGAGAGUUCCUAUAUCCGCAGCAUGGGCAUCUUGCUGAACGAUCCGCGCCUAGAUAUCGACAACAUCGAUGUGAAAAAAUAUACGGCGAUGCAUUACGCCGUCAAGUACAAGAACGAUUACGCCCAAGAGCUGCUGCUGGACGAGGGAGCGUACAUCUGGGGCGAAAAUAUAUUCGGCGAUCUGCCGAUCAGCGAAAUGGACUCGUCCCUGCUGGAGAAGCAUCUGGACUCGUGCGUCACCAACAACGAUCGCAAGCCGGGCGACGAGGACUACGAAGUGAGGAUCAGCUUUGCCAACUUUAUACCGCCGGCCCACAAUCCAAAUGCCGAGGACGAGAUGCGACCGAUCGUACGCAUCGCACAGUCACCCAAUUCUAAACAUCUCCUCUGGCAUCCCGUCAUAUCGAGCAUCUUGUUACUUAAGUGGAUGAAAGUGAUCCACCUUCUCUACCUAAAUUUGGUAAUUUGUACCGUGUGUUUCGUUUCGUUUGCGAUAUACAUCGUGUUUUGCUAUGCGCGGGAAGAUACCAUUCUCAAACAAUUGCUGUAUUGCCUGUCAGUGUUGGGAUGUGUGUAUUUGCUCGUACGUGAAGCGUCCCAGUUUAGGCUAAGCCCCGCCACUUACCUGCUAUCAAUGGAGAAUUUAAUGGAGCUAUUGCUAAUCGGUGGGUAUGUUGCGGUGCUGGCGUACGAGUGUGCCGAUGAGACAUGGUCAAUGGUGCUGGUUGGAGUGCUUCUGCUGCUAGGGGUGGAGCUUACGCUGCAAUUUGGCAUGCUCCCGGUGAACUCCAUUGCCACCAAUAUGGUCAUGCUGAAGACGGUUACGAAAAACUUUCUCACCUCUUUAAGCUUGUACUCGAUCAUAUUGGCGUCGUUUACGUUAAGCUUUUACACAGUGUUUAAGAUGAAGGAUAUUGCUCAGCUGCGCGAGACGAACGGACCCGAACAAGCGACAGGCCAUAACCAGGACAUUGAAGAUGAGCAUCUUUUCCACAGUUUUGGUGAGAUUCAGCUGGCGCUGAUAAAAACUACAGUAAUGUUCACUGGAGAGUUUGAUGCGGCAGACUUACCGUAUAAAUCAUCCUGGCCCAUGUAUGUGCUGUUUCCAGUGUUUGUGUUCACUGUAACGAUUGUCAUAAACAACCUGAUCAAUGGUCUGGCCGUCAGCGACACAACGACCAUUCGGGCAGAAUCCGAAUUAGUAGGCAUUACAGAGAUGGUAUCCAUUAUCCGUCGCUACGAAAAGGCACAGGAAGCACUCGAGUUCAUCCAUUUAACAUUGGGCAAAAUAAAGUUCCUCAAACUGGGAUGGCUGUUUCCUAAUAUGAAUCUUUUUUGCAACGAGAAACCGCUGCAUCAAAUUGUGCUGAAGCCUAGCGAUCAAAGCCUAUCCACAAUCCGGCUGGAACAGCAAAUCAUCGAAACGGUUGAAAAUGGUGGAAUGCGAAAGAAACGUACGAGCAGCACGAAUAAUACGGCUGCAAAUAGUUCGGAAAUGAGAAAUGGCCAAGAAGAAAUUCAACUUAUCACUACGAACGAAACUAUUUCCAACAUGGAGAAUGGUCAAGAGCGAACUAGACCUACUAGCAAACAUUGUCAGCUUCAGACGCAUAAGACCUAUCAGGCAGAGAGUUUACUGUACAAGCCUUUUAAGGGAAUGCUGAACAAGAUAAUGACGAAAUCGAUCGAGAUGUUGAACUCCCGCCAAAUGCACGGUGGAUCACAGGCGCAUCGCCUAUCACGAAUGGAACAGAACAUGACAAAUAUCAUGCAGGAACUAAAGGAGUUGAAGGAAUUGGUAAGGGCAUUGGGAAAGGACGACGUGGAGAUGAUAAGAAAAGCUAGAAUGUAGCUCCUGAGUUUUGUGAGAACGGCCUGGCCGUGUUAUCAAUUAUAGU